AUGAGUACCCCCGGCAGCAGCAGCAACAGCAGCAGCAGCAGCUGCUCCAGCCUUGGGGGCAGCAACGGCAGCAGCAACAGCAGCAACAGCAACAGCAGCAGCAGCAGCGACUCUGCUGCUGCUGUUACUAUAAACCCUCAACUUAAACGAACAGCAGCACAUGAUGCUGCUCUAUUAAUUGUUAAGGGCGCUGCAUGCGUUGUCUUCAAAAUACCUGUAGCCAGAACAACCCGCAGAAUCAAAUUCUCCAAAGGGUACAGCUGCACGGUAACACUGGGUCCGAUCCCUGGUCUUUCAGAAGCAGCAGCAGCAGCAGCAGCAGCGGGAGGAGGGCCUCAGGCGCAGCAGCAGCAGCAGCAGCAGCUUCAGGAGCAGCAGCAGCUGCUGCAGCAAUUAGCGAAUGCAGCAAUAGAAGAAGACAAACAAAUAUUAGCGUUUGAAGUAUCUCGAAAGACAGCAGACAAACGUUAUGAAGAAUCUUAUCUUGAUGAAUUCGGCAUACCUGCAGAUCUGCAAACAGUUCGCAUUUGCGCCAUUCGAGACUGCGCAGUCAAUGCAAACGCGUAUCCUAUUCUUUCUCGUACGGGUUUAUUUGAAAAGAUAGAGAUAGGCCCCUUGAAGAGCAAUGCAGCAAAGGAGACAGUAGAUAUUUGUUUUACUUUUACUGUCUCUUCUUCUCUUGAAAAUAUAUCCCUAAACAAUACAGAGUACUUAGCUAAGCUGCUUCCGCAUGCAUCAGAAGAUGAGCUCCCGACCCUCGCCGAGCUGCUACCGCCUUCGGGUGUAGAGACAGCCCGAGAGGAGACAGCAGAAGAAGGAGACAGCACUUUAGUUACGCCUUGGCAGGUGAAAGCAGAAGGAGGCGUCGACUACAAUAAACUGCUUAAAAAAUUCGGCUGCUCUCCGAUCACCCCUGCACUCCUCAAACGGAUAGAAGAUGCAACGGGCCGUCCUGUACACCACAUGUUAUCGAGGGGUUUAUUUUUCUCGCAUAGGGAUUUAGAUGUGCUGCUGACGCAUUAUGAAAAACACAAAGCAGCAGCAGCAGCAGCAGCAGCAGGAACAGCAGCAGCAGCAGCAGCAGCAGCACCUCCUUUCUACUUGUAUACAGGCAGGGGGCCUUCAAGCGAAGCACUUCAUAUCGGUCACCUCGUUCCUUUCCUCUUUGCAAAAUAUCUCCAGGAGGCCUUUGAUGUUUUAUUAGUUAUUCAGUUAACUGAAGAUGAAAAGUAUUUAUUUAAAGACGAGUUGGGUCUGCAACAAACAAAGAGAUUAGCCUUUGAAAAUGCUAAAGAUAUUAUUGCUUGUGGCUUUGAUUUAGAUAAAACCUUCAUCUUCUGCAACACGGAUUAUAUAUCUUCUUUAUACCCGACAAUGCUGAAGAUUCAAAAGAAAGUUAAUUUAAAUCAAAUUCGAGCAAUCUUUGGCUUUGAAGGCAGCGACAAUAUAGGGAAGGUUGCGUUCCCUGCAACUCAAGCAGCCCCAUCAUUUGCAUGCGCUUUCUCUUCUAUCUUUGGAGACUCUCCAGCAACAAACAACAUCAAAUGCCUUAUCCCGCAGGCUUUAUGA